AUGCCCUUCCGUGCCCUUCCACGACCCAACCCUGACCUCCGACGUCCCCCUGGGCGGGUCCCGGCAGGUAACGACCUGUUCCUGGUGGCCGUGCACGAGCUGGGCCACGCCCUGGGCCUGGAACAUUCCAGCGACCCCUCGGCCAUCAUGGCGCCCUUCUACCAGUGGAUGGACACCGAGGCCUUCGAGCUGCCCGACGACGACCGGCGCGGCAUCCAGCAGCUCUACGGCUCCUCGUCGGGCCCCUCCCCCCGCCCCGAGCGCUGGUUCUGGCGGGUCCGGGGGGGCCGGGUGAUGCCGGGGCACCUCUGCCCAAAAGUGCAGAUUUGGGGCAUUCUGGGCAAUUUUGGGGCCAUUUUUCAUCCCAAUUUGAGCCAAUUUUCGUCCCUCCCAGUCCAAACCAGUAUGACCCAGUACCUGGGUGGCGUGGUGGCCGCUGUGCAGGUGGGCGCUGAGCCCCCGCGCCAGGUUGGGGUUGUGCCCCCCCCUCAGGGGCACCAGGUGAGCGGCCAGGCCCAGGUAGGCCCCGAAAUCCAGCUCCUGCCGCAGCGCCUGCCGGCCCCAAAACGACACAAUUCACCCCAAAACCCCGAAUUACCGAAAUCCCCGAAAAUCCCCCCAAAAUCCCCGAAUUUCAGCACAAUUCCGUCAAAAUUCGGCCCAAAUCCGUCAAAAUCGUUUUCCCCCCAGGAGCGCUGGUUCUGGCGGGUCCGGGGGGGCCGGGUGAUGCCGGGGUACCCCCUCCCCAUCGGCCAGUUCUGGGCCGGGCUCCCCCCGAGCAUCGACGCCGCCUACGAGAGGAGCGACGGAAAAUUCGUCUUCUUCAAAGGCUCCCGGCACUGGGUGUUCGACGAGGGCGUCCUGGCCCCCGGCUACCCCCGGCCCCUGGCCGAGCUGGGCCGGGGGGUCCCGAGUGACCGCCUGGACGCCGCGCUGCUCUGGCUGCCCAGCGGCCACACCUACCUCUUCCGGGGCGACAAGUGCGUCCCCGGCACCUUCCGGAACCUUCCGGGACCUCUCAGGAAUUCCUGGGAAUUUUUUGGGAUUUUUUUUCUGGAAUUUUGGGGCUUUUUAUGCAUCUUCCAGGACCCGCAUGGGCUGUUUUUCUGCUCUUUCCACACCUUUCAGGACCUUCUCUGCAUCUUCUAGGACCUUCUUGGAACUUUCCAGAAUCUUCCGGGACUUUUUGGGACCUUCCGGGACCUCUCAGGAAUUUCUGGGAAUUUUUGGGAUUUUUUUUCCUGGAAUUUUGGGGCUUUUUUAAUGCAUCUUCCAGGACCUGUCUGAGCUGUUUUGGGGCUCUUUCUGCACCUUUCAGGGCCUUUCCUGCACUUUCUGGAACCUUCUCUGAACUUUCUUGAACCUUCCGGGACCUUUCGGGGAUUUCCGGGAAGUUUUUGGGAUUUUUUCCCGGAAUUUUGGGGCUUUUUUCUGCAUCUUCCAGGACCUGUCUCUGCUAUUUUUGGGACUUUUCGGGACCUUUCAGGACCCUCCAACCCCCCCCAAAUUCCUCCAGAUUUGACCUAAAUCCCCCAAAUUUCCCCCAAAUCCCAAAAAAUUCUCCCAAAUCCCCCAAAUUUCCUCCAAAAUCCCUCAAACCCCCCUAAAUCCAAAAAUUUUUGGCAAAAUUCCUCCCGAAUCCCCCAAAAACCCUAAAAUUCGCCCAAAUUUUACAAAAAUCCCCCCAAAAUCUUACAAAUCCCCCCCAAAAUCACCCCAAAAUUCCCGAAAAUCCCCUCAAA